AAUAUAUCAAAAUAGUUAACUAUCUAACAUUAGUAUGAUGAUAAAAGGAAAAUAGAUAGCGAUUGUAAAUGAAAAAAAAACAUGCAUACAUCAAUCUCUUCCAGGAAACUUUUCUUACUUGUGUAUUAUUCUUAACAGGAACAAAGCUAUAACACCAGAACAGCAAGUACUGAUGACUCUCGAGUACUAUGCAUGUGGAUCUUUCCAACGUUGUAUUGGUGCAGCGUCACCAGGUGUGCAUAAAUCCAGUGUGUGUCGAUCAAUACAUCGUGUAAGCAGAGCAAUUGCUGGACUUCGUUCGGAGUGGAUAUCUACGCCUCAAAAUAGGCAAGCUAUGGAAUAUGAGGCCAGAAAAUUUUAUGAAAUCUGUGCGUUUCCGAAAACAAUAGGUGCUAUUGAUUGUACCCAUAUAGCAAUAGAAUCUCCAGGUGGAAAUGAUGCUGAAGUCUACAGAAAUAGAAAACAGUUUUUUCCCUUAAUUUCUGAUGAUGAUUUCUGGUUGCUGGGCGACGAAGGCUAUGGUGUAAAACCAUAUCUUCUCACAUCUUUACGCAAUCCUACCACCGAGGCUGAACGCCUUUACAACGAAAGUCAUAUUCGUACGCGAAAUAUUAUUGAACUUUCUUUUGGCUGUUGGAAAAAAUGGUUCCCUUCUUUAUCUUGGGAACUCAGGACUAACCCAGUAAAAGCUCAAGCAAUCAUUGUUGCAAUGGCUGUGCUACAUAACAUCUGCAGAAAAGUCAGUGGCCCUAUGCCAUUUUCACAGCAUGAAGAAGAGGCUGUCACAGAUGAAGACGAAAUAUAUAGUCCAUCAGCCUCGGGUAAUGAUGAAUGUAACAGAAAUAAAUUAAAUAAUAACUAUUUUCGUAGACUAGUUCAGACAUAA